UUAAGAGGGAAGAGAAAACUCCUCCCCAAAAAAAAAGGACAAGAAAAAGGAGCCAAAAGGGCACCAAAAGAAAGGAAGGCAAAAAAAACAAAAAAACAAAACCAGUGUCUAGUAAUUUUUGUCUGCCUAUAUGUCUUGGGUAAGCAGCAUGGGUGGUUGGGGAGCCCUGGAAGUAGAAGGGUGGAGAAAGGGACCAUGGACUGCUGAGGAAGACAAGCUCCUCAUUGAGUAUGUGAGGUUACAUGGUGAAGGAAGAUGGAACUCUGUCUCUAGGCUCACAGGGUUGAAAAGGAAUGGGAAGAGUUGCAGGCUAAGAUGGGUGAAUUAUUUGAGGCCAGACCUGAAGAGAGGGCAGAUUACUCCCCAUGAAGAGAAUAUCAUUGUGGAGCUCCAUGCUAGAUGGGGCAACAGGUGGUCGACCAUUGCGAGAAGCCUGCCAGGAAGAACCGACAAUGAGAUCAAGAACUACUGGCGGACGCACUUCAAGAACAAGGCCAAGAUCCCUGCAGCCACCUCUGAGAAAGCGAAAGCACGUAUCCUGAAACGACAACAUUUUCAACAGCAGCAACUGCAACAUCAGCAGCAGCAGCCACACCAACUGCAGCUGAACCAGGUGGACCUCAAAAGGAUCAUGUCCAUGCUCGAUGACACAGACCAUAACAGAGUCCCGUAUGUCCCUCAAGAGGUUCAAGUCGCACCGGCUAGUUAUAAUAUUUUCAACAACAUCACUGACACCCCGUCUGCUUCGGAAGCUUCGAAUGAAGACUUUCUCUGGGAUGGGCUGUGGAACCUGGAUGAUUUCCAUGGAGGAAACAAUUUUGGAGUUUCUUGCACAAACAGCAAAGCUUGUGUGCAAAAUCUGAUUUCCCCAUUCUGUUAAGAGGUUCUCUAAGCAUGUACGAGCUUUAUUUUAGCAGAUUCAGGGCAAAGCGUCAGCAAAAGCUCGUAGCUUUGCCCGGGAAAAUAAUAAUUCUGCAUUAUUCGAAAAAACGUAUUAAGAAAAGCACUCGAGCCUUGUCAGUCGUCAGUCCAAGUCAAAUGACAAAGGCUGCGAGGAAGCGUUCGAGAUUUUACUGUCGUAGAUUUUGUCAAGCCUCUCAAUACGUGUAUCCUGUUAACGUAGCACUUUAAAUUUGCGCAAUGUGUUCUCUCCUGUGAUUGUAUCAUCGGAAUAAUUGUCUUAUCGCUCUCUGUUUUGUGCAA